AUGCAUCAGAAACACGUGCAAGAUUUUUGUGUAGGAAAAGCGGAGGAGUACGUUAUGAAAGUAACAAGCAUUCGCGAUACCGUGAAAUCUUUGGAAGAGAGUUUGAUGAUUUCGCGGAACUUGGAGGCCGAACGAUGGUUGCAAUACUCGAAUUUAAAAAUGAAGAAUAAAGUUAUGGUAAACGAUCUCAAGAAGGCAAAUAAACGCAACAAGAACAUGCUCAAUUUAUUUCGUCAAAGCGUGACGGAUAUUCGUCUCGGAAAUGAUAUAAUACUGCCAGAAUCUCUGAAGAAAGAAGUGCAAAGAACUUGGCAUCAAAAGUAG